AAUGAAAAACGACUUUUAUUUUGAAAAGGACGUUUCUUGCUUCACACAUCACAGGAAGGUCAAUAUGGAGGUUUCAAACUCGUGUUGUGAGAUUGAAGAGCUAAUCGUGUGUUAAAAGCAUUUACAUGUGAUUUACAACUGAAAGUCUAAUCUUUAGAGCUGAAUAGUGUGUGUUAGCUCGUUGUGUUUAUGGCUAAUGCUCAGUAUUAGCAUUUAAUUUACUGCAGGAGUCGUUCAGCUUGGUGAAACGGAGAUGUUACAGGGUUUGUGUAAAUUUCACCGGCGGUUCGCUGGAGCUCUUCUGCCUUUUGCUGCUCGUCCGUUAACGUUAACUUCAUCAGCGCACGUGCUAAGAGCAAACUACGGAAGUGCUACAGCAGAGCGCAGGAAAUUCUACCAGGAUGUCAGUAUCUCUCAAGGUGAAGGUGGCCUGUUUGAGAUAAACCUGGAUAGGAGAAAGCUAAAAACUCCAGGAGGAAAACUUUUCACUGUGCCCAAUGAAGCCCUGGCCAUAGCUGUUGCUACUGAAUGGGAUGCUCAGAAGGACACACUCAAGUUCUACACCAUGCAUCUAACCACUCUGUGCAAUACAGCUCUUGAUAACCCAACACAGCGCAACAAGGACCAAAUGAUCUCUGCUGCACUGAAAUUUCUGGAGACUGACACUAUUUGUUACAGAGUAGAAGACCCUCCAGGACUUGUCGAAUUACAGAAGAAUGAAUGGGACCCUGUUAUGGACUGGAUUGAAAAAAGGUACAACGUUAUCAUCGGGUCAUCCUCUAGUAUAAUGGGCCCGCAAAUUCCAGAGGAGACCAAGGAAACAUUUCGCCAGCACCUUGAGUCUUAUAAUUUGUGGUCUCUGACAGGGCUCGAGUAUGUGAUCUCACAACUGAAGUCAGUGAUUCUGUCAUUUGGGUUGAUUGACAGACAUUUAACUGUGGAACAUGCAGUUCUGCUGUCUCGACUAGAGGAGGAAUACCAGAUCCAGCAUUGGGGAAAUGUCGAAUGGGCUCACGACUAUGAUAUGUAUGAGCUGCGGGCUCGCACAGCAGCAGGUGCCCUGUUUGUCCAUCUGUCAUCUGAAAGUUCCACACUGAAGAAAAAACUGCUUCGGGACUGAUCUGACCCGUGCACAUGAGACAAAAUACAUCUUCUCUGCUUAUAGUAUUAUUACUGUAAUAUAAGGAUGAUCAUGGAAACUGAAUUUUGUGUAUUGAUGUGUCUGGAAUUGUGACAUUUCUCUGUUUAAUUGAAAAAGUCUAAAGCCUUUAUCCAAUUUCUCUGUAGUAUGUGAGAAUGUUAAUGAAGUGUAAGAAUGUUUCCAACUAUUUUCAGUGGGUAUUUAGGGUACCUUUUCCUGCCUCCUAGCUUCAGGAUACCUAGUUUAAUUCUGAACUUGGUGUCUGUGUGGUGUUUCACGUGUUCUCCCCAUAAAUUUGUGCGUGUGUGAGACGGGCCUUGUGAUGGACUUGCUUCCCAUCUAGGGUGCAUUCCCGACUCCCCAAGAUCCACCUUGAUCCUGAUCAAGAUAAAGUCAUUACUAAACAUGAAUGGGGUUAUUAUAUGUUAAGUUAUAUAUAUUGUAUAUUCUAAUAAUAUUACUGUGAAACAUUAAAUAUUCUGUCGUUGUGACUGAAUGAACUAUGAA